AUGAAACCUGGUAAUAACAAGAAGAAGGACACCAGUCCUUCUGCAGUUUCUACUCAAAAGAAGGGUUUGGUUAACACCAAAGGCAGCAAUGGUGACCAACACUCUCUAUUUGAUGAAUCUUCAGAAGUUGCUAAGCAGUUUCGUGACCGUUUUGAUUAUUUACUUACCGAAUCUAUUGGUAACAAGGCUAUCGUUACUACUGCUUCUGGUUCCAAAUAUAGUGGUAUCCUAGCUGCAUGCAACUUGGAAUCCAUUGAUGGACUGGACAUUGUCUUGAAGAAGCCAACUUUGGUCUCCUCUUUAGGCUCUGAUAUCAAGGCCAAGAAGGAUCUUGGUGAAACAUUGUUGCUCAAGAGUGAUAAUGUUGCUGAAUUAGAGUUAAAAAAUAUCAAUUUAGGUUUAGAUGGUAAGACUGGAAUAACAACUCCAGUCGCUACCCCUAAAACUGAGAAGAUUGCAAAGGGUGCAAAUCAAUUUAGAACAGAUGUUGAUAUAUCUAAUGUCAGAGCUACUAAAGAAAGAGAAUUACAAAGAUGGACCCCAGACGAAGGCGAUUUUAUGGCUACCGAAAAAUCUCAAACUUUAGAAGAAGCUUCUUCAACUUGGGAUCAAUUUUCCGUGAAUGAAAAGAAGUUUGGUAUCAAAUCUACAUACGACGAACAUUUCUACACCACUAGAAUCAACAGGAAUGAUCCAAACUAUCAACAAAAAUUAAAAGAAGCUCAAAAACUUGCUGAUGAAAUUGAAAAACAAGGAACUUCUGGUAAUAUACAUAUUGCUGAGGAUAGAGGUAUUAUUGUUGAUGACUCUGGUAUGGAUGAAGAAGAUUUAUACUCAGGUGUCGAUAGAAGAGGUGAUGAAUUGUUAGCAUCUUUAAAAUCUAACGCAAAACCUUCUACUACUGUGAAAAGUAAUAAAUACGUUCCACCUACUUUGAGAAAUCAACCACAUCACAUGGAUCCUGCUAUUAUCUCAUCUAGUGCUAUAAAGGUAACUGGUGGAAACAUUAUUUCUGAAAAUAAGUCCUCCACUAAAACAACUACUACUGAAUCUGUUAAGAAAAAUACCAUUUCAAAUGAUACCAAGGAUACUACCAAGCCAACCAAGGAAAAUGUAAGACCAAAAGCUCAUUUGAAAAAUGUUGACGAAGAAAUCAAAAAACAAUUGAAAGAAAUCAAGAGACAAAGCGGUAGAAGUGACCACAGUUCUAAAACUAAAGCACUGCCAGCUAAUAAGACCUCCAAGGAGGCUCAAAUUGAGGAAUUGAAGAAUUUUGCCCAAAAAUUCAAAGUUCCUUAUGAUGUCCCUAAGGAUAUGAAUGAUGUUUUGAGAAAGCCAUCCGUAUCUUUGAAGGCCGACCCAUCGUUACCACCUAAGCCAAAAUCUAACUCUACCACACCAGGUGUGGCUAAUAAGAAUUCUACAAAGGUAUCUAACGCUGCCAAUGGAGCUGCUUCUCUAAAUAAAACGGACUCCAAGAAGUCUGGUUCUUCUUCCAACAACGGCCCAGUGAGAACAUCGACCCAUGGUAGAAGACGUCCUGCUGGAUCUUUCUUUGGCUCAAAGAAACCUCAAAACAAUGGUGCUAACAAGGAUACUUUUGGUAAGAACUUUAACUUUUUCUUAAAAUCCAAAGAAGCUCACAAUGAGGAGAAAUCGAUGGAACCUUUCUUGAUUGAAAAACCAUAUUUUGCUACCCCAACAUGGAUCAACACUAUUGAGGAGUCUCACAAGAGUUUAUUUGAUGAUGAAAAUACCAUCAUGCAAGAAUCCCAAGCAAAGUUACAAAUGCGUCACAUGAAUGCUAUGAAUGGUAUGGGUAACGUUUCACCAAACAUGGCAGGAAACGGUAUGAACAUGAUGAGCUACCCAAUGAUGAAUGGUCCAAACGGUGCUGGCUCUCCUAACCCAAUGAUGAACGGGUAUAAUGCCUCUGGAAUGGGUAUGUACAUGCCAUUCCAACCACAACCAAUGUUUUAUCCAUCUAUGGGUCCUAUGGUACCUGUGAUGGGUGGUAAGGAUAACAACGGAAACAAUAAUGGUGCCAGCCCUCCUCCGCAGGAUAUGACAGCCCAUAUGGGUCCUGGUGGAUACAUGAAUGUUGGCGCACCUUACGGUUAUCCAGUUGGUGGUAUGGCUCCAUUCCCUGGAAUGAUGGGCCACAAUGGAAUGAUGGGCGGCGCAACUAAUGAUCACCGUCAUAAGGGUCAUUAUAACCACAAGAACAACAACCAUAGAUCUUGA